AGGCCGUGGCUUCAUGGGUAUGCCAGGAGGAAGAGGCCUUCUGAGGGGUAGAGGAUUCCCCCCCAGCAUGAGAGGCGCUCCCCUGUUGCGCGGACCCCAGCGGGCAAGGCGAUCGCGUCCUGGGUCCUUUUCAAGAGGAGGAAUGUAAUUGGGCAUUAUAUAAAUAUUUUUUUCCUGUGUAUGUUGCAAGGGUGUGUAGGCAUGAGAGUGUCUGCUAUAGUUAUGUAUUGGAGAGUGAUUGAGGUGUUGUAACAGAGAAAUGCAGUUUGUGUACUUCUAUUUUCUUUUGAGAUAUUUAAAGUAUGAAGACAUAGAAAUAUGGACAGGGAAGAUAGUUUUUUUAAAACCAAACAAUGUGAACCUCUGUUCUAAGAUCACAGAUACAUGAUGACUGAGAAUUUGAGUUGCUAGGUAAUAGACUUUGCCCUAUGAUGCUUUUAUAGUCUCAUCAUUAUUUUCAUGUGAAGAUACAAUGUGGGUGCUUUGCUAUAUGUACCUUUAAGAACAGAUAGGUCAAUUGCUAGCUGUAAAGUAGGGUUGGUUAUUCUCAUUAUUAUAUUUGUUGUCGCAGCUCUUAAAGUCCAUGUUAUCUUCAUUUCUACUAUCCUUACAAUUGAUUGUUGUUAUUAUUAUUUUUUUAAUUUGAUUUUUGUUAAUUAUUAUUAUUCCUUUAUUUUUUAUUUACUACCAUUUUUAUCACUGAUAGGUUAUUGUCAGUUUAACUAACAUUUUUAUGUCUAAGGAAUAUUACUAAUCUAUAACUAAAUACAACAUAAAGAGUCUUUCCCCAUCUCCCUGCCAGGCUGUUCUUGCAAUAACUAUAAUUUUUUGAGCUUGAAUGUUUGAUAUUUUUUUAGUCAUUGUCUUUUCCUGAUGAUGUUAAGCUAAGACUUCCUUUUUUAUAAAUGAACAUAUAGUUUAGUUGAAAUACUACAAAGCAGUAAUGUUUAGUAUUUACAAGUAUCAAUAAUAAGUCUCCAUUUGAGCACAAGAUUUGAGGUCAGACAGGAAAUAAGAAUAUUUUGAAGUAUUUGUAUCAUUUAUUUCAUAUUUGUAGAGUUUAUAGGUAGACUGUUACCUUGAUGGUGUCAAUUCCAUUAGAAGAGGAAAUCUGAAGAAGUUUUCUGAAUGCCAGAAAAAUUGUCUGGUUUCUUUGUUAAAUAAAAUAAGUGAUGAAUUAAUGUA